AGCACAGCCUUCAAAAUCUUUAUUUUUACCCAUGAGACAAAAACACGGGGAAGAUAAUAGCUGAAUGAAUGUUUUGUGCAAUGGUAGAACAGCAACAGGAAGAGAUACGAAGCAGUGCUAACUCUGGGGAGUGUGCGUGCAGGAUCAUUAAGAUAGGCCGGGGAAAACUCAUGGAAUACUUGAAAAAAAUGUGUUGGAGGAUCAGGGACUUGGAGAGGGCCUUAAUGCAGAAUGAAACAGUUCAAGCGAAAGAGGAAAAGCAAUUUUACGAUGAAAGAAACUGAAACCUUGUUGAAGGAAGUGGAGGACAGAAGAGAUAUAAUUUAUACCCAACAGCAUGAUGCAAUAACCAAUGAGUUAAAAUGGAUGGCUUGGAAGGAGAUAGCAGAAAAAGUCAGUGCUGCAAGUGGUGGUGAACAGCGCACUGCAUAUGAGGUGAAGAAGAAAUACACUGACUUAAAGUGCUACUUGAAGAAAAGAGGGGAAUGUUUGGAUAGGAUGGAAGCCAUGAUGACUGACUGUAGUCCCACUUCAAUACACGGUUUUAAUCACAGUGCCAUCAAUGGUGAAACAUCCUGUAAGUUUGAUGAUUCAUUCUUGAUUGAUGAACCCAGUAGACCUCUUUGUGUAGUUAAAGUGGAAGAUGGUGAUGAUCACGUGGAAGAAGAGGAGGAAGAACUGGGACUGCAACAUACAGAGUUUAGAAAUCUGGCAGAAGAACCCAAUGCAUUCACAAGCCCAUUUUCUACUGUUAGACCACGAGAAGUAGUUGACAAUUAUUCAGAGGCAGAAGGAUGUUCUUCAAGCUCUGAUCAACCUGCAGUGAAGAACUGCAGUUCACGUGCACUCUUCUUUGUGGAGAAACAGCGUUUAGAGUUGGAGAAACAACGUGUAGCCCUUGAAUCUGAAAGACUACAGGUGGAAAAAGAGCGCUUGCUUAUUGAAAAAGAAAAGCUGCGUUACUUGGACAUUGAAAAUGAGCGCCUGCAGCUGGAGAAAGAGCGCUUGCAGCUGGAGAGAGAACGCUUGCACAUCAAGAGAGAGAAAUUGAAGCUAUUGACCUUGCAGGUCCGAAAGUUAUCACCAGAGAAGGAACUUGACUUAUUGACUGAAAAAACAAACUUAACGUCAGUGGAUAUUGAAGCAGAAAAGUUGAAAUUGGAAAAAGAGCGUUUGCAUUUGAAGAAGGAAAGACUGCAGUUCUUAAAUAUUGAGUCUGAAAAGCUGCAGAUAGAGAAAGAACGACUGCAACUUGAAAGAGAACGGUUGCAGUUACAAAAAGAUUGCCAAAAACAAUGAUACCAUUUAAUGAAUCAUAUCUUAUUUUUAAAACUCAGACUAAUCUAAACUAUGUUGUCCUUUGAAAAUUUAUCAGACAUUAUUACUUUCCCACAAUGUAUGAAUGCAACUUAUAUUUUUUAUCCGUGCAAAUACCAAGUUUUCUCAGAUUUGGUUGCAAAUUUUACCUUGAGCUUUUGUCAACUUUGCAGACAUACAGACAUCUCACUUCUAAUAUUAGACUUUCCCUUUGAAAUUCAAAUUAUUUAAAGUAAGUCUGCUGUGCAAGAUAAAAGAUGUUAAUUUUGAUGGUGUUUAGAUUGAACUGUUACAAGAAUUUGUGUUUAAUGAAAAGACUUGUUUUAGCCAUAAGAACAGUAUUUUCUAAUAACUAAUCUGUCAAAGAUUCUGCUGAGGUAAAAAGAAAUUGGCUUAACAUUAACAAUUGUAUUAAAAGUGGUUUAUUUUCCUUUUUUAGUUCUCUGCCCAAAAGCAGGUCUGACUCGCAUGCUGCAAGCGCCAUCAUGGUUAGAGCAUGGAAGCAUCCAUCCCAGAGGAACUGAGGAUCAAAUACUGUUUAGUUGGCACCAAUCUGAUCCACACUGUCCAUUAGUCAUUUGAGCCAUCCAGCCGCCAAAGAUUUUAAGUUGCUGCGGCAUUACGCACUUUUACCUGCAUAGCGUAGUCCGGAGCCAUUAAUAGUGAUCCUGGAAGCUCCAAAUUUCUUUCCAUCGCCUGCUUGGCCACAAAUCUCACCCACUCAGCACAUUGGUAAAUGCUGGAAAACUUUUACAGGUUGAUACUAAAAUCUGGCUGUAUUAUGAAUGCACCUUCUUUGGCCAUGAACUCCUGGAUGAGACUCCUGGCUCAAAGAUAGGGUGCCACUCACUGCACCACAGAACUCCUUGCAAGUUGAUUGUACACUAAUAAUUUGCAAGUUGUGCAAUAAUCUUUUUGAUAAUAAUUUUCAGGUUAAAACUCUCAAUAAUCCUUUUAUCGUACCAUUGGUGCAUCCAGGUUUUGAGCUAAUGCCUGAAACUUCACCUAGGAGUUAUUGACUGUAUGAUUCCUAGUAGCCUAUAAGGUUCUGUACUGUUAACAUAUAUAAAAAAAACUUUGAUCAUACUUAUUACUUUGCAAAUAACACUUUUACUGAAGAAGUGACUACUUUUACAAAGAUUUCUAUCUGAUCAGCACUAAUUACAUUCAAGCCUUGAACACAGAAAUGAAAAGGGAUUGUAAUAGCCCAGUGUAUUAGCUGGUUCUUGUCACUAGGGUGCAACAGCAGCAAUGAAAGAAACAGAAAAUCCAAUUGAGAUUGAACAUUUUUAUUUUGAAUGCCCGGUGUUGCAAAAUCCAAUAGUAGCCUUUUUACACUUUUUUUUUACAACUGUGAUUGACAAGCAAUUUUAAGCUGUUUAAUGAAAAAUGUCUGAAUAAUCAUUGAGUUAAUUUGUUGAGUAUUUGAACAAUAUACUUAAAAGACUACAGUUUGCUGAUUUCACAUGAGAAACCACAAGGAAACUACAAAUGCUUCAGUUCCUGUGGAUCAGGGAGAGAAGAUUAGGCUGGAGUUUGUACUCUGACUACUCUCUAGUCCCUUCCAUUGGAAAGCAUGUUUUAUUUUAUACAACCGCCAUGUCAGAACUAACAUACACAACCUCUACCUCUAGCUUUGAUGGUUAAUUUUGUUUACAUUUAACUUUUAGCUGAAAAGAAUUUGUGUCUAGAUAUUAGUUUGCAGUACUACGAUGAUCUCACUUCAGUAACCAAGUACUCCUUUGUUAGUGUGCAGUAAAUUUUAAUGCAGUAUAUUUGCACAAUAUAAAAGUAGAAGAUUGGGUGAAAUGUGGAUAUCAUUUGAAAAAUUACACUGCGCUCUUGGUAAAUUGAGGGCUGAUUACUAGCAAGUUCCUUCGGUUAUAUUUCACCUGUAUACAUUUCAAUCUGCUACACUAUUCAGCUUUUGAACGUAAUGGGAAGAAACUUCUUGAUUUAGUAUUUUCAAGUACUGGACUAAGUACAGUAAAUAGCUACUGGUUAUUUACUGAUUAAUUUACUGAUUUUUCUGUAACCACUUGGGUAGGGUUUUCAGCUAGGAUGUAUACUUGGUGAAGAUAAAGUCUACACCUUACAGAUCAUCAUAGGUGAAUCAUAGAAUCCCUACAGUGUGGAAACAAGUCAUUUGGCCCAACAAGUCCACACCGAUCCUCCGAAGAGU